ACGUUUGGACAGGAAAUCCUUUAUCCAAAAAGCACCAGACAAGGGUAGUUUCCCGUUAGAUCACGAAGGGGAAUGCAAGAAAUUCAUGCUGAAGUACAUGAUUUGCUUAAGACAAAAAGGGAAUGAGAACUCUGAGUGCAGAAAUGAAGCAAAGGACUAUUUUCAGUGUCGGAUGGACAGAAAUUUAAUGACGAAAGAGGAAUGGUCAAAACUAGGAUUUCACGACGACAAACAUUCAGAAUCUUAAAGGUUCCUUCUAUAGUUCAAGAAAAUGUCUGAGCCGUCAAUUGAUGGAAAAGAGAAGAGUUGUGAAUUGAGCAAUGAAGAGGGCGUGAACACGCGGACAGGGGCAGCUGGCAGAGGAUUGUCACAGAUUCGUACGUCUAACGAGCUCACAGAUGAGGAGCUGGCCACCGUUCCCAGGAAGGACCUCAUGUUGCCGCAGAACAAAGCCAAAUUAGACAGGCCACGCGAGACCUUCCGAACACAGAGGUCAUCCCUGCUCACGAAGGUCAAAGACUUCCUCCCACAAAUGGCACAAGCACAAAGACAUCUAGAGAAGGUAGACAAUCCCCAUCAGCUGGACAUAGAAAAUCUAAAUGGCUAUGAUGGUCCUGUCAUAGAGAUGGAUAUCGGUUUAUUUAACUACAGCGGUGAGAGUGACAGUGAAAGCAGUGAUAGUGAUAGUGAUGCUGAUAGUGAUCAUGACAGUGAUGAUGGUGCAGUCGGCAAUAAUGGAAUCAUCCGAGAGGGAGGAAUAAGUUUAAUUAAAGAGGUUCAGCCGACUGAGACGUCACAGAAUCAACAAUAAUCCAAAUGCGUAUUUGGCUGGUUAGCAUUAUGUACAGUGGACAUUAAUGUAAUCAGUUCUUUUUUAAAUGAGAGAAUAAUUCUGCCUGAUUAAGGCAUGUAAUUGGGAGUUGAUAUGUGUUUAUUACUGGUCAUUUAUGCUCAAUACCUAUUGUUGAAGUACCUACCACUUACAACUACAGUACCACUUUGGAAUAGCAUUUGGGAAAAUCUGAGAAAAAAACUCAAUGAAGUUACCAUGAAGUCUAAUACUCAGUCAGUCGUUACAGUUGAAAGGUGAUGGCAGCAAUUGCAUAGAUGUACCAACACUGUUUUCUGGUGUUCUUCACAGAGUUGUACAAAUAACUUCAACUGUGCCAGAUAUGGUAUGUCAGACAAAAUUUUGUUCCUAGUGCUGGUAGUAUCAUGCUGUUGAAAUAAAUGUUAUAGGUACAUUCUAUUCUUCCUAAUACAAUAUUUUUGUUUUGGCCAGAUACAGCUACAUCUGACUGGAAGCUUGUGCGAAUGGGAGCUAGUCGACUAGUCUAGGUUCAGUCACGUUUAACUUCCCAGUUAACUUCCCCGGUUAACUUCCCAUAUUUUCUAGUGUAUCUGUAGCUGUUUCCAACAAAAACCCAAUGAAAAUAAUUGUUGGUAAUUCCAUGCAAACCUGCCGGAUUUUAUUAACAAAAAAUUCUGCUCUUCGCGUGGUACUGUGCACUAGAUCUAAUACCACUUCUGGCACGAUUAAUAUAUUUACAAAUGUAGUGUAUUUCGUA